AUUUGAUAUCUUUGUUAACUUCCUGUUUUGAAAAUCCAACACAGCUGGUUUCUACAACGAACUUAAUAUAUUGAAUAAAUUACACAGUCAUUACAAUGUACCUGUACAGAAUUUGAACAUCUUUAGAAGAUUACUUGGCUUAGUCUGACAUGUCUGAGUGAUGUGAAGUAAAGAAAAGCAAGAAAGAUGGUUUGGUAUAGCUGCCAGUCAGCUUUACAACUGAAACAAAAGAGAUGUAAUCCUUAAAUGUGAGACUUGUGUAACCAUCGUUUCCAGUACAAGUAUUAUAUGAUUGAAAGCCAUUUCUACCUCAGUUAACAUACAAAGUCAAUUUAGCUUCCUCAUUUUAAAUAUUAUAUGUGCCAUAUGGAUAUAACAUUAUCUUCUCAAAGAAUAUAGUCAUUCAAAUUUACAAACUAGUCUUUUAUUUUUGUAGUCUUAUUACGCUUUAAAUAUGAACGUGAGGCCCAUUGUGUUUGUUGUUGUCGUUGUAUGCUGUACGGUUGCAGGAUGGAUUAUUGGACACCAUACACUUAUUCGAGCGAACAACGAAACUGGUCAAUCGGAAAAUGGACAAGUGGUGGAAAAGACCAGCUUUGUUGAACAAAAGAAAAUGUUGAAACAGGGAGAUAAAUCUAUACAAAAUCAAAUAUCUACCACAAAGGGAGGUAACUUAGAUAAAAAUCAACAGCUCUCUGUAAAACAAAAUCAAAAAUCUUCUGGAAAUAAUAGAAAUGCCUUGAUGAACACUGUUAUAAAUAAUGAUAAGGUUAUUAACAGUAUUAAAAUCAGUGAGGGAAGAAAAACAAAUAAAAAGCCUUCUUUUAUAUCAGCUGUAAAAGCUAAAAUGCAGCCUAAUGCCAAAAACAUUCAACAAGCAAUAAGAAAAGCUAAGCCUGUUGUCACAGAUGUCAAUGUAAACAAUGGUUUGAAAGUGUACUCUCAUAAUGGAAAAGAUUGGAUUCCUGAUAACAGCAUUUGUCAAACAAAAGAUCACUUCAUAAAAGCUUCAUUGGUAAAUUCCUGGGGUUAUACACCAAUUUAUAUUCAUAGUCCACUUGAUGACAAAUGGAUCAGUAAGGACCUGAUGAAUAGUGGACAUUGGGAAGGAGAAUUAGUGAAUCUAGUGUCACGACUUCUCAAAACAGACAACGAUUUACAGUUUGUAGACUUAGGAGCGAACAUUGGAGUAUUUGCGCUGUCUAUAGCAAAGCUAGGAAGGAAAGUGAUAGCAGUUGAACCAUUGUCAAUUAAUUUACAGAGAUUAUGUAAGUCUGUCGAAUCUGGUGUUUCAUCAGACGGCAAGCCAUUUUCUGAAAAAGUCACUAUUAUACACAAUGCUCUUUCAGAUAUUCGUGAAAAAGUAGAGCUCGGGAAAGAUUUUCAAAAUGUUGGUGGAACAUACGUCUUGAAAGAUAGCAAUGAGAAAAAAGUUCAAGGUAGUACAAUUAUUGGAAAAUACAAAGAUGUUGUCAUGACAGCCAAAUUGGAUGAUAUCCUUCAACUUCCAAAUUUUGAUUUAAAAAAAGUUGUUCUAAAAAUAGAUGUAGAAGGAUAUGAAACCAAAGUUUUUAAUGGCGGAAACAAUUUUUUUGAUACUGUAGAUGUAAAAGCGGUUCUUAUGGAAUGGCGCUGGCACGAAGGAGCUCACGAUCUACAACAGCUGUUGGAUUUUUUUCUGAAACGGAAUUAUAAAGCAUACAAUCCCAAAGCUAAUCCACUAAUUCAACUUAAACCAGAAAAUGCUCAGAGAUGGCCAGGAGAUGUUUUGUGGAAAAAGUAAUUUCUAAGAUGGGGAGGCAUGUUGUAUUUAGAAUAGCUUUCACAAACAUGACAAAAGCUCGAAAUAACAUUUUAUAUUUUGAUGGCAUUGUUUGUAUGCAGCAUAUACUGAAAUCUAGCUUAAUAAUUUAUCUAACUUGAUUUGUUCAUUGUUCAACAUUCUAGUCAUAAAUGCACACUAGCAUUUCUGAAAUUCAGGUGUAUUUUAGAUUUCAAGUUUAUUCCAAUGAAUGAAAUUUCAAAAAGCCUUGACAAUUCAUGUACAUUCCAGUUCCAAACGAAAGGUUCAAAGCCUAUUGAUUUUUUUUACUAUUCAGUUUUGAAAAAGAGAAAUUCAGUAAGAAUAGUUAAAUAAUUUAAUUUGGGGUAGGGAUACAUUGUAUAUUCUCAUAGAUGUCACUGUAUGUAUACAUGUAGUUUAUAUUAUAAAUAAUAUAUAUAUAACAUUUUUUUUCGAAUUUUAUUUUAUUCCAAAUACUACCAUAACUAAUGCAGCAGUUUUAUUUAUGCUUUAAUUUUAUUUUUUUUCUACAAUUUCAUCAUAAAAUAUUACUAUUACUAUACAUAUAUUUAACUUUCCAAAAUACCUUUUCAGAAGAGAGAUAACUCUUGCACUUAAAAGACAUAGAGGCAAGAUUUGCCAAUAUGAAGAUAGGAAAUGAUUCUAUUAAUCAUGUUAUUAUAUAAGUAUUUGAGUAUCUUGCAAUGUAUAGAUUGUAUUUCAGAUUCAAAAAGACAAAGUACACCAAACAUUGCACAUCAUUUCAACAAUCAAAUUUUGUACGGGAAACAAUUACUUUUUCUUUAUAAUCAAGCUAUUACUUUCCUUAAAAUAUGUCAUUUUGUAUUGGCAUUGUUCAUUUUUUUAUGUAUUGAAUAAUUCUUGUUCGUUGUUGUUGAUUGACAUUAUUAGAUGACAAUUUGUUUACACACAAAAAGUAUUGAUGUUUGGAAAAAGAGCAUUAAUUUUGAUAUUUAGAAAUGAUAACCAUGAUUGCUCAUGAUUAAGAACAUGAAGAAGUUAUUUAUUUUCUAAAUUGAUUUUUAACAUGCAGUUUUACACAAAUUUACUUAUUCAAAUAAUUCUGUCAGCUCAAAGGUUGUAUGUAUAAUUUUUGAAAAAAAUGUUAAAUGUAAUCAGGGUAAUGUUAAGUGAUGUACUGAUUUUGUUGAGUACAUUCUUGGAUAAUUAUUUUGUACAGUUGACAUGUUUGAUCCAUGAAUUGUUUUUUUGCUACUAGUCUAGAUUUUGUACUGUUGAUUUAGCACAAAUAUGAAUUGUUAUUUUCAAUUUUGAUUUUUGUCCUCAAGUGCCCUUUGUCUACAUCAUUUACAUGUACAUUUGUAUGAUUUGGAAGUAGAUGUAUUAAUUAUUGUCUGUUUAUAUUGAAAAGUAUUAACUUUUGUAAUACUGUUUUAUGCUGAGCUUGUGUCUGAUCAAAGUUUUCUGGGCGUACUUAUAUUUUCAUUUAACAUGUUUAACAAGAUGAUGUUUAAGGUAUUUUACCCACCGUACACCAAGUGGUUGUACAUGUAUAAAGAGCUUUAAAAUUGUGUACUUAAAUUUUUUUAAACAACUCUCUUUUGCUUUACAUAAACAUAUCUUUUACUAUUCUAGAAUUAUUUCAUUUUCAUAUUCAAUCACGUCCUUUAUCUAGCUUAUUCAUAAUAGAGAGCAUAGUUUCCCUCAGUCAGUUCGUCACUAUGCAUUUUUGUUUCUGAAAGAAAAUAUUUUUGAAUAAAAACAUUAUUGAAUUUACAUCUAUUGUAUAGUUACUUAAUUAAUAUUAAUCAAAUAUAGUUUACUUUAAAUACAUGUAUUAAAUACAUUUUACUUUAAUUAAAUAUGUUGGUUUGGGUAAUAUAAUAAAUCAGUAUUAUUUAUAUAUAUAUAUAUAUAUAAUUACAUUAGAUGUAAGUUUCAUUAUAAUACGUUAUUCUGAUUGGCUAACAUGUUAUUCCGUAAACAAUUGCAUCAGACAAUAACAUUUAUCAUGCAUGAUGACACGAGGUCCGACAAAAAAGUGCACAGGUGAAUUAAAUAAAACUGGAUAAAAAUCGUGUUUUGAUGAUUUUAGCUAAAAAAAUGUAAUUAUAAGUAUUGAAUACUUCUUUUUGAAACUUUAUAGGGUUGUUAAAGCGUUGACCGUGCGUACAUUUUUAGAAUGAAGCGCUUCCGCGCUUCAUACAAAAUGUACUUCGGUCAACGCUUUUACCACCCAAUAAAUUUACAAAAAGAAGCAUUCAAUUCUUAAAUAACAUGUAUUUUCUUUUCAUGAUUUAUUCCAUGACAAAAUAGUGAAAAUACGCAAUUAAGGUGGUACCUAACACUACAGGGAGAUAACUCUGUAAAAUCAGCUAAAUGUUUUAAUUACGUAAAAUCAGUUAAACGUUUUAAUUACGUUGUGUUGUUAAGGGAAUAUUAAGCUUCUCAUUGAUCAAAACUAGUGUUUUUCAAACUGCUAUAUAAUCAAUGUAAUUUUUCUGAUAAAACGGUUGGUUCAAAUGAUUUGAAAUUUUUAUAUUUUUGUUAAAGUGUUAUAGUAAAUACUUUUAAAGUAUUUACUAUAACACUUUGACAAAGUCUUUGUCAAAAUUUUAUGAAAAUUAAACGACCCAAUUUAAUUUAUAAGUGAAGGUGUCGGGUACAACCUUAAUCAUCAGGAUCUUGAAAUACAGAAAUUGAUGGCACUAUAAUCAUGUCAAUAAGUUUUUACAUAAAAUAGUCAAGACAUGUUUGCAGCUUUGUUCCAGCUUAAAUGAAUAGGAAUAUGUAUUUGGUGCAUUUUAUUUUUUUAAAUUAAAAAAAUGCAUAAUA